GGUCUCACCGAGCCGUCAGUCCAGCUCACCUCCAGUCACUGUCACAUAACACCGCUGGUCAGGACAGGAGACGGAUACCUCCUGGGGGCCUCUAAAUUUAGAUGUCUAACCUGUAUAAACAAAUCCUUUCCCGUCCCUCGGAAAAAGACAAAAUCAUCGCAGGAACCGGGACUGUCCAGAGGAAGAGGAGCAGACAGUGAUGGCUUCAGUUAAAAAAGACGACAGACUGACGAGGUCUCAAAGCUUUAUGUGCGUCGGUUUCGCCGGGAUCUUCAGUAAGACCGUCACGUCACCUCUGGAGGUGGUUAAGAUUAAAAGUCAGGUGGGCACUUUUCACAGUAAGAGAGGUUUGUGGCAAAGCUUUCUGCUCAUCUACCAACAUGAGGGACUUCGAGGGUUUUGGAAAGGAAACCUCGCCUCUUGUCUGCGGCUGUUCCCUUACACCGCAGUCCACCUCACAACAUACAAAAAGAUCGUCCACCUUCACAUGGAUGAAGUUGGCUUCAUCUCUCAGUGGAGAGCCAUAUUAGCCGGUGGACUGGCUGGUGCUGCUGCGGCUCUGGCCACAUACCCUCUGGAGGUGGCAGAAACCAGGCUCAUCGUCCAGAACUGCAGACAGCCCACGUACAUCGGCGUAGUUCACACUCUCUCAAAGAUCUACAGAAAUGAAGGGCUGCUGGCUCUCUACAGGGGCUUCUCCCUCACUUUGUUGGGUGCUUUUCCCUUUUCUGUCGGGUGCUAUGCCGUUUACAUGAACUUGGACAAGCUCUGGCAGGAGCCUCCUUUUCGUUUCACUCCUCUCCAGAAUUUCAUUAAUGGUUGUCUGGCAGCAGGAGUGGCCCAAACCCUCUCCUACCCUUUUGAAACUGUAAAGCGGAAGAUGCAGGCGCAGAGUGCCCGCCUUCCCCACUACGGUGGAGUUGACGUCCAUUUCACUGGGAUGAUUGACUGUUUCAUUCAGGUUAUUAAAAACAAGGGCGUCCUCUCACUGUGGAACGGCCUCACUGCCAACACAAUAAAGAUUAUUCCCUACUUCGGCCUUCUUUUCACCUGCUUUGAGAUGUGUAAGCAGGUUUGCCUUUACCGCAACGGCUACAUCGUCUCACCUUUGAGCUACAAACUUGCACCAGGGGUGGACCAGAGCCUCGGGCCGUAUGAGCUAGAGGAGGCGAAGCGCUACUUGAAAAACAGAAACUUUGGGUCAGGGGAGUCGUCUUUUUGAAACCGCUGGUGAAACGUCACAUGAGAAGAUGUCUUGUGGAAAAAUAUUGACUGACUGCUGACCACACUUGACCAGCAUUAUUAGUUAUUUGGUGGACUGAAAUACUUCAGAGGCUUGUGUCCGUCAUAACUACAUAAUAUUCAGGUUUCAUGUCUUCAUGUGAGGUAUUCACUUGCAUUUACAUUAUGUCCUGUCAGCAAUGGUCUACCUCUUUCAGAGCUUCAUUUUAUCAGACAGUAUUAUUUGUUUAUGAAUUGUUUCCUCACAAACAUUGUCUUUCCAGCACUAUUUUUAACCAAAUAUGUAUAAUUAUGUGCCUUGAGCGUUAACUAUUUAUUUUGAGUUGUACUUCAGUUAUAUGUCAUUGACAGAUUUGUCAAAUAGUGCCAUAGUUUAAUCGAUUAAGCUGCAAAUGCUCUUUUACUCGACUGAUGUGAUAGAUUGUAUUUUUUAUGUAUAACAAAUGUAACAUGUUGAUGUUUCAGAAGUCUGAGUAAGUAAGAGACAAUCUUGUAAGAGUGCUAACAUGGAUUGUGAUUGAAGAAACGUGCUUACAACAUUAAAACUUCACGGGUACAUGUUCUUUCCUAUGUUUUUGAAGUCUCGACUAACCCUCCCCCAAUGCCCCCAUGACUGAAAAAGAAAACGGCAAGUCCCCUCUUGAAUGCUCCUAUGGUAGGCCCUGCUGAUGUGAUAAUGGUAAUGUGUCCUCUAGGAUACCCUUACAUUAGUCUUUGACCUAUUCCACCAUAAAUGCACCAUAAAUCUGCUUUCAAUAUUAAAAUACCAUGGAUACAUGUUC